AUGGCCAUGGCCGCCAGAUCUAUCGCCGCCCUUUCCACCGCCGCCAAUUUCCCUCCCUUUCGCCACGCGAAACCCCGUUUUUUCCCCGCCAUCGCCGCAUCAUCCACCCUCCGGCCAAUCACUCUCAUCGGACCGCCGGAAAUCUACCUACACCCUCUCGCCGCCCCCAAACCCUCCACUAAUCCCGCCCUUUCCUCCGCCGCAGCCACCGAGAAGAGGGAUCCCCUUUCAGAUCUAGCGGCGGCGAAUUUCAGCCACGCGGCCGGGGGCCCACCCAUGGGCAUGAUCACGACCGGCUCGCUCACUUUCCUCUCCACCGGAAACCCCUGCCUAGACUUCUUCUUCCACGUCGUCCCCGACACGCCGCCGGAGACCUUAGCCCGCCGCCUGGAGCUCGCCUGGGACCACGACCCCCUCAUGACCCUGAAGCUCGUCUGCAAUUUACGUGCGGCGGAAGGCACUGGCAAGGCCGACGAGGAAGGCGGCCUCACGGCGGCCCUAUGGCUGCACGCCAACCACCCCAAAACCCUAGCCCUCAAUUUGGACUCCUUCGCGGGGUUCGGGUCCUCGAAGGACCUCCUCGAGAUCCUCUACCGGAUUCUAGAAGGUCCCGACAUUCGGAAACGGGUCAAACAGGAGCAUAAAGAGUGGGUUCAAAUGCAGCAGCAGAAAAGAAGGGAGAAAAUGUGGCGGAUGUAUGAAAAGCGAUCCAGAGAAAUGACAACCGGCAAACCCGAUGGAGAAACCAAGCCAGAACCGAACUCCGGCGAACAAAAACGAGUCAGCAGGAGGAAUUGGAGAAAGCGCUGUUUGGAAAAGAAGCGUGUGAAGCUUGAGGCCAAGAGAGUGGAGCAGGCGAGAAGGGCCGUCGAUAGAUUCAACAACGAUCCCGACUUCCAAUUCCUACACAACCGUGUGUCCGAUUAUUUCGCCAAUAAGCUGAGGUCGGAUCUGGAGAAGCUCAGAAAUGGAGACCUUUCGAAAAUCAGCCUUGCCGCAAAAUGGUGCCCGUCUCUCGACUCGCCUUACGACAGAGUCACUCUCUUGUGCGAGACGAUUGCAAAGAAAAUUUUCCCGAGGGAGGAGUUUCCGGAAUACGAAGGAGUGGAGGAGGCCCACUAUGCGUAUCGUGUUCGGGACCGUUUACGUAAGCAAGUGCUUGUCCCUCUUCAUAAAGCCCUCGAGCUGCCAGAUGUCUUCAUCGGGGCGAACGACUGGAAAUCGAUCAAUUACGAGCGUGUGACGCCAGACGAGUUGAGGCUGCGCAAGAGGGACUUCUUGAAACACGACAAGGAGAGGUUUUGUAAGUACCUCGACAGAGUACGGAAAGGCGAGGUGAGGAUUGAUGCAGGGGAUUGGUUCCCGCACACGAUAGCCGGGGGACAGGUGGCGGAGCUUCAGUAUUCGAGGAUGUUGGCCGACAUGUCAGCUGAGAUGGGGAAGAAGAAGAAGAUGAGUAGCUGCCUGGCGAUUUGUGAUAUUAGUUUCUAUGGUUUGGAGGUUCCGGUGGCGCUCGGGAUUUUGGUGUCGGAGUUGAGUGACGAGCCGUGGAAAGGGAAACUUAUCACGUCCGGCGAAAAUCCCAAGCUUCAAACGAUUGAUGGGAUUGAUAAGAUGAAGAAAAAGGCAGCGUUUGCCAAGCGGUUUUACGAGUGGGGGAAUAUGGAUAUUCAGAAGGUGUUUGAUUUGUUGCUGAAGGUGGCGGUGGAAGGCGGGUUGAAACCCGAGCAGAUGAUCAAGAGAUUGUUUGUUUUUAGCGAAAUGGAGUUCGCAAAGGGGUCUAAGAAUGAGUCGGAAACGGAUUACGAGGCGAUUGUGAGGAAGUUUGGGGAGAAGGGUUAUGGGGAUUGCGUGCCGGAGAUUGUGUUUUGGAAGGUGAAGGAGUCACGGGCCACGCCUGUUAGGGCUGACCAGCGUGGAGUGGCGCUCGUGAGCGGGCACUCGAGGAAUGUGAUGAAGGUGUUUUUGGAGGAAGGUCGGGUUUCGGAUAUGAAUCCGGAGGCGGUUAUGGAGGCCGCGAUUGGCGGCAAGGAAUAUGAAGAGCUGGUUUCAGCUCUCUCGCCGGCGGCCAUGGCUACGGCCGUGCUCUCCAAGCGCAUCCCAUCGAUCCGCAGCCCCUCGCCCCAUUUCUACACAAAUUACCUCACUUUCCUCACCAUGGCCUCCUCCUCCACCCCAAUUUCUCUCAUCGGACCACCGGAAAUCUACACACUACCGGCCGCCGCCGCCCCUCCGUCCGCCGCCGAAUCGAAGAAAAAUCCUUUCGUGGACCAGAUGGUAGCGAAUUCCAACAAUUUCGUGCUGUCCUUGCCGAUGGGCCUGACGGAGAAUCAAUCGCCGACGUUCCUCUCCUCCGGCAACCCCUGUCUCGAUUUCUUCUUCCACGUCGUCCCGAACACCCCUCCGGAAUCCCUCGUCCGCCGCCUUGAACUCGCCUGGGAGCACGACCCGUUAACGGCGUUGAAGCUCAUCUGCAAUCUCCGAGGGGUGAAAGGCACCGGCAAAUCCAUCCGGCAGGGCUUCUACACAGCCGCCAUUUGGCUCCACGAGAACCACCCAAACACCCUAGCCGGAAACUUGGACGCCUUCGCAGGCUUCGGUUACGGCAAGGACCCGCUGGAGAUACUUUACCGGCUUCUCGAAGGUCCCGACGCUCGACAAGCUGCGUCUAGCGCAAAAUUGGAUCACGAGAUGUGGAAAAAGAGGAACGAGAGGCGGAAAUCGAGAGGAAAAGAAUGUAAGGUGGCCCGUCGAGGCUAUUACGGAAGGAAAUUGAUCCAGCUAGAGCCCGAGCCAAGAUUGAGCCAUGAAGAGAAGAGAAUCUUGAAGGGGAAGAGAGUUGUCGAAAAGUUUAAUACCGACCCCGAUUACAGAUUCCUGCACGAACGAGUUUCCGAUUAUUUCGCCCGCAACCUGAGAUCUGAUAUGGAUUUUCUGAACAAAGGGGAGCUGUGCAAAAUCAGCCUUGCUGCAAAAUGGUGUCCCACGUUGUACUCCUCGUACGACAAUGCCACGCUCUUGUGCGAAACGAUUGGUAAGAAGGUUUUCCCGAGGGACGAGUUUCCCGAAUACGAAGGAGUCGAGGAGGCACACUACGCUUAUCGUGUUAGGAACCGUCUAACGAAGGAGAUUCUCGUGCCCCUACGUAAAACCCUGCAACUUCCCGAGGUUUACAUGAGCGCCAACAAUUGGGCUUCCCUUCCUUACAACAGGGUUGCUUCGGUUGCCAUGAAAACGUACAAAACCUUGUUCUUCAAACAUGAUGAGGAAAGGUUUCAUCAGUAUCUUGAUAAGGUUGAGAAAGGGGAAGCCAAGAUUGCGGCCGGGGCUUUGCUUCCGCACGUGAUAAUUGCUGACCUGGACGAUGGCUCGGACGACGGUUGCCAGGUGGCGGAGCUUCAGUGGAAGAGAAUGGUUGAUGACAUGGCGAAGGUUGGGAAGCUGAAUAAUUGUUUGGCAGUCUGUGAUGUGUCGGGGAGUAUGGAAGGGACUCCGAUGGAUGUGUCGGUUGCGCUCGGGAUUUUGGUCUCGGAAUUGAGUGAGGAGCCGUGGAAAGGGAAAGUCAUCACGUUUAGUGCGAAUCCCGAGCUUCAAACGGUCAGAGGUGAAAGCUUGAAGGAGAAGACAGAGUUUGUGAGGGAGAUGGAAUGGGGUUGUAACACUGAUUUUCAGAAGGUGUUUGAUGUUCUGCUUCGUGUGGCGGUUGAUGGGAAGUUGAAACCGGGACAGAUGAUUAAGAGAGUGUUUGUUUUCAGUGAUAUGGAGUUCGACCAGGCGUCCAGAAGGCCUUGGGAAAUGGAUUUUGAGGUGAUUGUAAGGAAGUUUGAGGAGAAAGGGUAUGGAGGUUUUGUGCCGGAGAUUGUGUUUUGGAAUCUAAGGGAGUCGUUGGCCAUGCCUGUGCUGGCCGGCCAGCGAGGAGUGGCGCUCGUGAGCGGGUUUUCGAAGAAUCUGAUGAAGCUGUUUAUGAAGGAAGGUGGAGAUUUCAAUCCUGUGGAGACUAUGGAGGCUGCGAUUUCUGGGGAGGAGUAUAGGGAACUUCAAGUGUUGGAUUGA